AUGGAUCCGUUCAACAACCCGGAGAACCCGAACACUUCGAACAACCCGAAUACUCCCAACAAUCCGACCCAACCUAAUGUUUUUUCGAUUCCGGGAUAUUAUCCAACGCUAGAACCGAACCAAUUCUCGCAAUAUUCAUCGAACGCGUUUGCUUCAUUCCAACACUCGCCAAACCAAUUCGCUCAAAUCUCCCAAAAUCAAGCCCUUCAACAAAUGAUGAUGCGGGGUGCUUGGAACUUCCCACCCGUUCAACCUCAACCGAUCCCCACACCACCCGUUCAACCUCAACCGAUCCCGACCCAAUCCGAACCCGAAGACGAUGUGGAGAUUGUUCCCGAAACCCAACCGCCUAAAGGGAAAGGAAAACGAAACAAAGGCAAACAAGUGGUGGGUGAUCAACCGUCGAAACCGAAGGCGACUAAGUGGAUCCCAAUCGAAAAAGAAGCCUUAGCUAAGGCUUUCAUUGGCACUUCUGACAACCCGAUAAAAGGUUCGUAA